UAUCUCAAAGCCUUAAAACUAAAUCAUCUUCACUGUAAUCACUGGUCGAGGAGCAGAGUAACCCUAGCAGCAGACACACACACAGCUUCUCAGCUCACGAGAAAGAAGAAGAAGAUGACUUUCAAGCGUAGGAACGGAGGGAGGAACAAGCACAACCGUGGCCACGUGAACCCAAUCAGAUGCUCCAACUGCGGCAAAUGUUGCCCAAAGGACAAGGCCAUCAAGAGGUUCAUCGUGAGGAACAUUGUGGAGCAGGCUGCCAUCAGAGAUGUUCAGGAAGCUAGCGUCUACGACGGGUACACAUUGCCGAAGCUGUAUGCUAAGACGCAGUACUGUGUGUCAUGUGCUAUCCACUCUCACGUUGUUAGAGUCCGUUCCCGCACCAACCGCAGAGUUCGUACUCCCCCGCCUCGUUUUGUUAGACGCAAGGAGGAUGCUCCCAAGCCUGGACAACCUGGUCAGGCUCCUCGUCCUGCUGGAGCUGGAGCUGCACCGCGUGCCUGAAGCCUCUGCUUAUCCUAGUUUCAUCCUUUUGUUUUGUUUUAUGUUUGGUUGAGAUUAUUCAUACUAGUACUAUGGGAAUCUCGAAAGCUGUUUAGUAGUUCUUGUUUCGACUAUGUUAUAUUUUGAAAGUCUUUGUGCCUAAGUGGAGAACAACAUAUAUGAUUGGAGACAAUUUUCAUGA